AUGCCUUUAUUUCUCUGCAAUCAAAGAUUAUUGCCACCAUGUCUGGACAUGAGACAUGUUUAUGAUAAUCGGGCUAUAAUUCUUAAUUAUAUACCAGGGGCUUUGUCUGCGCACCAACUCAUGGCCAGGUCUCCAAGACAUUUCUGA